AUGCCAAAACCAAAAAACCUUGGCCCAUGUGUGUUAUCUAGUUGUGAGAAUGAUGCACCGUUUUGCAAAAUGACUGAAUAUACUAUUGAGAAAAUAAGAAGAAAAGAUUCAGAAAAUAAAUACAACUUUAUUAAAAAAGAUGACCAACUAUGUUAUAAACAUUAUCUAGGUAUAGUUGAACCUGAUAGAAAUGAUAAAAGCAGAAAAAAAUCCACUGAAUCAUUGAGCAUUGAUCAUUCAAGAAAUUUACAUAUAGAAACUAAAGCCUCUUCUAGUCAAGUAAUUAACAAUGACGAAAUAGAUUGGUCUAAAAUUAGAGUUAAUUUUACUGAAAAAAAUGUCACAAUGUCAAGGGAGGAUUUUUCAUUAUUAGUUGAUAAUAUACCUCAAAUGAAAAAUUUACUCUAUGUUGAUCAAGAAAAUUCAAUUAUUGAUGUAAUGGAUGAAGUAGAAGAUUCUAAUGCAGAUACAAUAAAUAGAGAGGCAGAUAAAGGUAAUUAA